ACCUAAUUAAAUUAUUAUUAACUAAUCAGAUAGAGAGAGAUACAUACAAUACAACUCGCCACUGAAAUCAAAUCGACGAAGCAGAGGAAGGUUCAUAGUGUAUCUAAAUCCUGAGGUCUUAUUAUUAUUACGCUUCCCUUCACCAUUAUUGAUUUCUCCCUCUUCUUCGGCCUCUCUGGAUCUCUCUUUCUGGAAUCUCUCUCGUCGGCAGUUUAUCUGAAUCUACGGACGGAGUAUGGCAUCGGUGGUGACGGCGACGGCUACAGGCAAGGUGGAGAAAGGGCAUCAGCUCUACAGAGAAGGCAAGUACAGGGAGGCUCUUCUCUUCUAUACGGAGGCUCUUACAGCUGCUAAGCCCAAACCCCAGAAGAUCGCUCUUCACAGCAACCGCGCCGCUUGUUAUUUGAAAUUACACGACUUCAAUAAGGCAGCAGAAGAAUGCAGUUGGGUGCUUGAGCUUGAUCAGAAACACAGCGGAGCUUUGAUGCUGAGGGCUCAGACUUUAGUCACCCUUAAAGAAUACCAAUCUGCUCUUUUUGAUGUCACCAGGCUUUUGGAGUUGAACCCUGAUUCCGAGGUUUAUCUCAACCUCGAGUCUCGCUUGAGGACUCAGUUGCCCCUUGCUCCAAUUCCUGAAUCUGAAGAAGAGUUUGAACAAGACGAAGAACAAGAGAGUGACGACGUUGAACAAGACACAGCUGAGAAGAAAUAUAGACAAGUUGAGCGGGCUCUCCAUGAGAGAAGAGAUAAGAGGUUUGACUCUGUAGUUGCCAUCAGAAAAGAUCUAGAGACUACUCUAAACAAGGUGGAAGUUGUAGCACCUAAAACUCCAGAGGUUAGAGAUCAGAACUGCAAGGAAGUGCCCUUGUCUGGAAAGCAGCAAUCUAAUGCGUGGCAAGCCAUACCUAAGCCUAAGGGUCAUUCAACACUCGAUUACGCCCGUUGGGAUUCAGUUGAAGAUGGAUCCAGCGAAGAAGAUGACGAUGACGACAGUGAUGACAGUGAUGAGUCUCCACCCCAGUACAGAUUCCGUGUAAAAACCGUUGGGGUGCGUCCUGUGAAAUGAAUAUAUAGUGUAGAUAGGAUUCAUGUGAUGGUUUCUUUCAUCCUGCAUAUUGUUGCACAGAAGAGCUGGCCAAAAAAAGUAUUAGAGACAAAAGAGGACUAGUGUUACCAAAGCUGACUAGCCAUGUUUUAUAUUUGCCUCAUCUGCAAUUGGCUUCAGAGGUCGGUCACCAUGCAUGUAUCAGUGUACUUGUGUCUAUUUAUACAUUAAAACAUACAGAGUUUAGAUAAGAGUUACGCAAUACAAGAGACCAUCUUCAAAUCAAAUGGUGUGUUCUAUUUUUUAAUGAAAUCUUUCUUUGCCUCA